AUGAGACUACCGCUAGAAAUGCUACUAAUCGUAGUAGCGUUAGCUAUGCACAUACGUGGACUUCCUUAUAGAGAGUUGUCACCGCAAUUGCAAACACAAGGCGAACUUGUUUGGUAUGGUGACAAUAGCGCUUCCCAGGUUCAAAGUAAUGUCUAUCCUAACUAUAAAACAAACAUCAUUCCGGAACAGAUUGGUCAAACGCCAUUUAAAUGGGAUCAAUUGCAACAAAAUACAUUUGAAGGAUAUGAAAAGCAUGUUCCGUCAGAAUUGCAGAAGCAGCACAAUUCCGAUUAUAUAUAUCAGUCCGAUCCAACGCUGUUGCAGCCUUAUCCUAGCGUUGUGGACGAUUUCACCAUCAGCUGCAGUGGUGAAAAUAAAGUCUGCGUAGCCAAAAGUCUGUGUAUCAACGGAUACGUGCAUCCCUUGAAACAAGGCUUUAUUCGACCAGGACAGGUGCAAGAAUGCAAGCUCAGUCACGAAGUCUGCUGUACCGUACGGCACGAAUUCGACAAUUCGCCGUACAAUAACGAUCAAAUUAAUACAGUGUUGAAGAACAAUCAAUACCCAGAACCCACUUUGGAAAACGAUCAGAAAUACGUUCCGUAUGGGGAAAAUAACCAGGCGGAUGUGAUUGAAUUAAGGCCACCCUCAAGAAACUAUGCCAAACUACAAUCCGUAACGAACGAAGCAUAUCCGAUCAAAAGCGUUAAUCUACCUCGCGGCGAUAUACAGUCUACCGAAGAAGUGCCUAUUAAUUACAAUCAAAUACCUUCCGAUACGAAUCAACAGGAGCAGUACCAAACAGGCAGUGUUAGUGCUAGCGAAUCAGUUUUUCCUCCAUUGAAGAAGUCGUCUCCUUCUGAUGCCAAUUCUGUAGUCUUCCAGUUUCCAGUUCAGUUGGGAUGCGCAGCUGCUUUGCUCUGCGUAGAAGAGCAGUAUUGUACAUUGGAAGGUGUGAUUAAUCCGGAACCAGUUGCGCUUACCAGCACCCAGCUUUUACGACGUGUUCCGUUAAGUAACUGCAGAAAUCCAGAGACCGGUGUAGUCGGCAAGUGUUGCCGCGAUCCAAACUACGUAGAUCCAUGGCCGGCAGGCAAUUUACCGGCCAACUAUAGCGGCGGAUUUGACGAACAGGGAUUUCCAACGUUCCUGAACAUUGCAAAGGUGCCACCGCCGAAGAAACCAGUCACGCAACCGCCCGUCAAGAUUAUUCCCAAACCACCGAUUAAGAUGCCACCGCCGGUUCAUGAACAAGUGCAACCUACGAACGUUGCACCCCUAGUGCCGGACAAUUCCGACAUAAUACCGAUUCCGACCCAAAUCCCAAUAAUGUCGUCCAGCACAUCAGCGCCCUUCACUAAAAAUCCAUACGACGCUGCUUUUAGCAAUCAGCCAGAUGCCAUUUCCAUCUUGCCGCAAUUACCGAAUAAUCCGUGCGGAGUAAGAAAUUACGGACAACGCCCAUCCGGCUUUAAACAAACUGAUGCAGCUUUCGGAGAGAUUCCAUGGCAAGCAAUGAUUCUGUGGUCAGAGGAACGUAAAAUUUUAUGUUCCGGCGCACUCGUGGCAUCUGACAUUGUCUUGACGGCUGCGAGCUGUAUAAAUCGAUUUGCGCCGAAUGAAUUAUCCGUAAAACUCGGAGAAUGGAAAUUGGGCUACGAACUUAAACACGAGGAGCCGCUUUCGUUCGAAAUUAUCAAUGUACGAACGAUCAAGUAUCACCCUAGAUACGUGGAAGGACUAUCCAGUAAUGAUACCGCUAUAUUAGUCUUGGUACAUCCCGCAACAUUUAAUUUACACAUCAACACGCUAUGUCUUCCUGAAUAUCCUGAAUAUCAAGUGCAAGAAACCUCGCAAUGUAUUGUGACGGGAUGGGGUAAAUCGAUAUUGCAAGCUCAUUACGCUGGAGCCAUCAUGCACAUGGUCGAUGUGGAUUUCCUAUCGCGUGACAUUUGUCAGAAUCGUGUUUUGGGGGCGGAGUCUCACAUUAACAUCGCGCAUAACAUAAUUUGUGGCAAGGCGCAUAAACAGAAUAACAUGUGUCAAGCAGACAUCGGCUCUCCAUUGGCUUGUUACGAUAGCAAAGGAACAUAUCAUAUUGCUGGAAUUUAUAGCCAAGAUACCGGCUGCUUGCCUACAAAUCAAGUUGCAACAUUUACACCCAUCGACGUCGCCUGGGUGAAAGAAAACAUGCAUACAGAAACUAAAAUAGAUAUCGCACAGACUAACAUCAAUGAUAGUUAUGACUAUCGGAAGAGUAACUUACCAGCAGGUAAUGAGUAUUUACCGCCAGUGUAA